AUGAAUGAAUUUAAAAGUAAUAGUGAUGCUUUGAGGUGCAGGGGAAAUAAUUCCGAACGUGCAUUAAGUGGAAAAAUAAAUAAUGGCCUAAAUAGGGAAAUAAAGGAGCCAACUUAUUUUUAUAAUGAUGUAAAAAAAUCACCAUCAUCAAAGUCAUAUUUUGGAGAAAAUCAUAAUAGGAGCAAAGGGCUUUUAAAUAACAAUCCUGUAGAGAGGUUAGAAUUAUUUCAAAUAAGUGAAAGUGACGUAAGACAUAGAAGAUACUUAAGUGAAAAAGUCGAUAUAAGAGAUGAAGUUGUGUUUUCAAGCAAAAAUACAAGAAGUGUAACCCAUAGUAUUAAUUCUGAGGAUUCAUAUAGAGCAGAAGAGUCUUGUGAAAAAUUUUUUCAAAUAAGUAGUGAAGCUAAACAUGAGCUAUCUGAACAUGUAAAAAUGUUAAUAAACAAUGCAAAUGAAUCAGGUCAUUAUGCUUCAAGUACGAAGAAUAAUUUCAAAGAGGAUAAAUAUUGUGAUAGAAUAAAUAAAAAAAGAAAUAAAACCAAACUAUCAAAAAAAAAAGAAAAAAAAAAAAAUAAAAUAGCUAAGUAUGAUAAAAAUGAAAAGCUAGAAAAGUUCACUAAGUUGCAAUCCUUAUAUGACGGGGCGCAUGAUGCUACUGCUUAUUUUGUAACAAAAGUAUUCAAGAAUGAAGCAAACAAUGAAAAGAAUAUUGUGGAAUAUUGUGAUAUAUUGUCUAAUCAUAGUGAGCGUAUUUUUAAAAAAUUUGAACUUUUUGAGCAUGAGGGGGAAACAAUGCAUGCUGAUGAUGAAACAGAUAAUGGACUUUUGGAUAAUAUAUGUGAGCUUUUCACCUAUGUAAUGUUCUUAACAUUGAAUAAAUGA